AUGACGAGUCUUCUUGACCUUCCCCCAGAGCUGUUUCAGCAGGUCGCCCAUGAGUUGGUAAAAGUUGCGGGGCCGAGAGAAGCAUGGGAACUGCGGAAAGUGUGCCGUACCUUUGCUGCCGAGAUCGAGCACGACGUUUUCACCAAACAUCCCAACAGUAUGCUCUCAGGUCGCAAUCACAUGGUCCUCACGAAUAGUCUUUCGCGCUUUAUCAUGAAGCGUAUGGAUGCUCCACGCGGCGCUAACGAGCAGAUACUCAAGAAAAUUAGCAGCAUGGUCGACUUUCUCGCCACUGAGAUCGGGUUCACAACCCAUCAAGAACGAAUACUUUAUACGGAGGAACUUCUCGAUGGCCUGAAGAAGAUGUGGAUUGGGGGACCUCGCAGACUCGCCAACGACGUCUUGUGCACGAGCAAAACACCUUGCGCCUGUUCUUCGUAUAGUUGGCGGAACGUGGCCGAUCUCAACAUCUACGAUAAACUGUCAGCUUCCAUUGCAGUGAAGGGUUACGACGUCAUCGAGAAACUGUUACCGAUGUUGCCGCCCGAAACCGACGAUCGAAACAUAUUCUUAGAGUGCAAACCUCUGCAACUUGCCGUGAAUGAACACGAUAGAUUGUUGCUCGGAGUUAUUCUUGCUUUCCUGAAGACACUCAAUCUCAGGGGACAUCGUAGAGUAUUCGAAAAUUUUAUCGGGCCCUCAUACGAUUUCGCUCCUCUUUUCCCUAUGCACAGCGUCAUCGCCACGACGAUCACAAAGGAAGACGCCGAAACAACCAAAAUUCUUCUCGACUUCUACGCUGAAAACCUACCGAAGCUUGGUCAACAUACGUUUGAUCACUUGGCCUACAUCGCGAUAAUUCAUAGCAACGAUAAGGUGUUAUCACAUUUGUUGGAAUACAGCCCCGGGGGCACCUCGAUGGUCACUGCUCGAAGAACACUCUCAGACGCAUGUGAAAUCAGUAACGUCUCCAGUAUUCAAAUGGUUCUUCGCCAUCUUCCUUCCGAUAUUAACGAAGGCAGCAUCUUGACUCUGCCGCUCUUCAUCGCCGUGCGCUCUAGACAGGUCGUCGCUGUUCAGACUGUGUUGGACCUUGGCGCUGAGAUAAACAUCUUGGUCAAAUCCAAUCUCCCAUCUAUCCCGAAGGACCUAGUGACGCCCAUUGAUGUCGCGAUUCAUCGAAAGGAACUGCCAGUUAUUCAAUGUCUUAUCGAAAAUGGCGCCAAAGUCCCUCAUAUCAGUGAAUGGCCAGAACACAAGAAGACUUAUAAUCUUCUACGGAAUGUUGAAAUGAAUCGAAGUGGCAUUUCUCUUCCUACACAGUUGCAACACAAAUUCAUGACACCAAAAGAGCUCAUGGCGCUAGAGUACUAG